AUGACCAAACUGCUCCCUACCCUCCAAUUCAAUCACAUAAUCAUUCUAUCAUCAGCACUAGCAUAUCUAAUCAUCCCUUCACAUUGUUCCAACAACACAUGUCGAUCAUAUUGCGGAAACAUAACUAUAGAUUACCCAUUUGCCUUGCAAUACGGAUGCGGCCACCCAGGCUUCCGUGACUUACUCUUCUGCAUAAACAAUGUUCUCAUGUUCCACAUAGCAUCAGGCUCCUACAGAGUACUACAAAUCGAUUACGCAUAUCAAGCUCUCACACUUCACGAGCCACAUAUGUCAACAUGUGAAACACUCUUCUUAGGAACCAAAGGUAAUGGUUUCUCAGUCGAACCAUGGCGGGCGCCAUACAUGAACCCAACAUCCGACAACGUUUUCAUGCUCAUUUCAUGUUCUCCUAGUUCACCAUUGUUUCAAGGCUUUCCUGGUAAACACUUGCCUUGUAGAAAUGUUUCUGGUAUGGGCUGUGAAGAGUAUUAUAGUUGUCCUGCUUGGGAUAUGAUGGGCCAUAAAAAGAUAGGCUCAUCGUCAUUUUUCGGGUCUGGCCCGCCGGAGUGCUGCGCGGUUCCGUAUGAGGCUAUUAAGGGGAUUAAUCUAAGUAAGCUGGAGUGUGAAGGUUAUAGUAGUGCUUAUAGUGUUGCGCCGUUGAAGGUUGAUGGGCCUGGUGAUUGGGCUUAUGGGAUUCGUGUGAGGUAUUCUGUUCAAGGGAGUGACGAGUUUUGCGGUGCAUGUCAGGCUACUGGGGGUAGUUGUGGGUAUGGUUCUGAUGGGAUUAGACAAGUUUGUAUGUGUGGGAACUUCAAUUCAACUUCAAAUUGUGAUUCAGUGGGCUUAUUAUCGUCGGGAGCAAGGUCUAUGAAGCUGAAAAUGUUUGCAGGUUUUUUGAUCUAUUUGCUAGCAUGGAUGACAGCCAGCUGGAUUUGA